CUGGCUAGACUUCACGAGGCGCUAAUUCAUAGACGAGACUAAACGAGAGCUCAUCCUUGACAACCCAGAUAUACACAAUACAACUUGUUCUGAGAUCUUGUAAACUUAACCGCGUGUUUUAAAUCAUCUUUUAUUAAUUACAAUGAACGCAUUCAAAACAAAUGAUUCAAAACGAGAAGAAUUUAGAAAAUAUUUGGAAAAGGCAGGGGUAAUGGAUGCACUCACUCGUGUUUUGGUUGGAUUGUAUGAAGAGCCAGAGAAACCCAACAAUGCAUUAGAUUUUUUGCGACAAAAUUUGAAUGCCACUGGACCUGAGACAGCAGACGUUGAGGCUCUGAAGCUUGAGGUCACUGAACUCAGGCAGAAAUGUGAACAGUUGCAAGAAGAAAACAAUGACCUCAAAGCACGGCUGCAGCAGUUAGAGCCCACAGCUGAGCCAGACAACCCAGACAACUAAGACCUGACCUGCUUGUACACUCCAAUGUUUUCUAAUCAAAUAAACUACAUGCUAUACUUCCAUUCA